AUGGAGACGGGCGACGCGGCACCAUCCUAUUCGGCCAGCAGAGCCGAGCCGUCAAGUGCCACAGACGCGCCGACGGACAUCGUCGAGUCGCAGCAAUCGACAGACAUCGUCGAGUCGCUCAAAUACCCAGAGGCGGAGCGGGUGGACAGCGUACGGUUGGAGGGCGGCGCAGAGCCGAGCCAUACGGCACCCGUCGCCAUAGCCGCGGCCGAAACCGCUCAGCCCGUACGGGGCCAGCUCGUCCAAGGCCAGCCCGUCCAAGGCCAGCCAGUCCAAGGCCAGGUGCAGAGUCCAACAACAAGCGACAUUCAGGUGCCAAUUCCUCCCCAGUCCAGAGCAGGCGACAUGCUGCUCGUGACAACGCAUUCGGGGCGGCAGCUGGAGGUGACGGUUCCUCCCAAUGCGGGCGCUGAAGUGACGGUCACCUACGCGAGAGACGGCGGAGCUGCACAGAGAGCAACAGAUGAGGCGAUUCAUGCGCAGAGGAUCCGUACCACGCAGAAGGAAGACCGGCGAAGGUGCUGCAUCCUAGCAGUUGGACUCACCUCAGGAGGUGUCAUGGUAUGCCUGGGGAUAGUGGCAGGAGUCAUCGCCUUGAUCGUCUACUUCAUCAUCGACCCGCUGAAAGAGUUGUCGGAGUGUCGGGCAGUGAACGACUCGGAUCUUAGCCCGAUAGGCAUCCUGUUCCGGAGGCUUAAUUACGGAGUGCACGGAACACGCUUUGGUUAA